AUGGAAUUAAAUAAAUCGAAUAUAAUGGUUGCAACUGAUGGAUCCCAAGCAUCCAAAUAAGCUUUCUUUUAAGCAGUCGAGUUCUUCGAGUACAAGAACAUUUUCAAUUAAAUUAUCGUAGCUCAUGUAUCUGAUGAAUCUAAAACCUAUCUGCCUUUUGAAUUCCAAAGCACAACAAUUUAUGAGGAUUAUAAAAUCGAACUAUUGUCAAGAGUAAUUGAUUUCCCUUUAUUUAUUUUUUAGUAUCCAGAAGCAAAUUACUAAUUGGUUUUUCAGGAGAAAGCUUAAGGUUAAGAGAAUAUUAGAAAUUAGAUCUUGUCAAUAGCAGGAGAUUUGAAUGUCAGUUAUUUGAUAGUGGGAUUUAAUGGGCGAAAGGGAAUCAAGUAGGAUGUUACUGUCUUGGGACAGACAGUGAGGAACUCAGUUUACAAUAGUAAAGUGCCUUUGAUAGCAGUUAAGAAACUGUAUAAGAGAGAUGAAACCAAUGGAUUCAAGUUCGUAGUUUGCAUUGAUGGAUCUAAGAAAUCGUAUAAAUCAUUGGAAAGUGCAGUUGCCUUGUCUUUUGAUGAGCGUGAUAGUUUGUUGAUUUGUUUUGCUCCCACGCCUGAUAGGGAGGCGUUUGGAACUACUAUUAAGACAAAGGUGGAAGAGUUUAUGGCCAAAUAUCAAAGAAAAUGGCAAUAUAAAUAAUUGGAUCCAUCCUACAGGGCUAUAGAGAAUGUGAUUGAAAUGAUAAACAAUUCAGAUGAUCUUGACUUUGUAGUGUUCGGAUCGAAUGGAUACAGAGCACAAUUGGAAAGCAAGACAUUUUUUGGUUCAACAGCUGAUGAAUUAUUGAAGAGGGCAAAGGCAAACAUUAUAAUGGUACCUUGA